UUGAUGUUAGCAGGCUAAUCCAGUGCAGAGGUAAAAAGCUAGUGUGAAGGUUGGAAUCGGUCACUGAAAAGAGCUACUCAUUUCCAUCAACUAUUUGUAUCUUUUUGCGGGAGAAGCAAUAUGGCUUCGGGUGGAGAAUCCAAAAAUGAUGAUCUUUCCACUGCCAUUCUGAAGCAGAAGAACAGGCCAAAUAGGUUGAUUGUUGAUGAAUCAAUCAAUGAAGACAACAGUGUUGUGUCUCUCUCUCAGGCAAAGAUGGAUGAGCUCCAGCUCUUUAGGGGGGACACAGUGCUGUUGAAGGGCAAGAAACGAAGGGAGACUGUUUGCAUCGUCCUGUCUGAUGACACCUGCUCUGACGAAAAGGUUCGCAUGAACAGGGUGGUCCGCAACAACCUCAGGGUGCGCCUUGGUGAUGUUAUCAGUAUUCAGCCAUGUCCAGAUGUGAAGUAUGGAAAGCGCAUUCACGUUCUGCCAAUCGAUGACACAGUAGAAGGCAUCACUGGCAAUCUGUUUGAGGUCUAUCUCAAGCCGUACUUCCUGGAGGCUUAUCGGCCAAUCCGUAAAGGGGAUAUUUUCCUGGUCAGAGGAGGCAUGCGUGCUGUGGAGUUCAAAGUGGUGGAGACUGACCCCAGCCCGUACUGUAUUGUGGCCCCAGACACAGUGAUCCACUGUGAGGGGGAACCUAUCAAGAGAGAGGAUGAGGAAGAGUCUUUGAAUGAGGUGGGUUAUGAUGACAUUGGAGGGGUCAGGAAACAGCUUGCCCAAAUCAAAGAAAUGGUAGAGCUGCCGCUCAGACACCCAGCUCUCUUCAAGGCUAUAGGAGUGAAGCCUCCCCGUGGCAUUCUGCUAUAUGGACCCCCUGGAACUGGAAAAACACUCAUAGCUCGUGCUGUGGCAAAUGAAACUGGAGCAUUCUUCUUCCUCAUCAAUGGCCCUGAGAUCAUGAGUAAACUGGCUGGUGAAUCUGAGAGCAAUUUGCGCAAAGCUUUCGAGGAAGCAGAGAAGAAUGCACCUGCCAUCAUCUUUAUUGAUGAACUUGAUGCUAUCGCUCCCAAAAGAGAGAAGACUCAUGGUGAGGUGGAGAGGCGCAUUGUGUCUCAGCUGCUCACUUUGAUGGAUGGACUGAAACAAAGGGCUCAUGUCAUAGUCAUGGCAGCCACUAACAGACCAAACAGCAUUGACCCAGCUCUCAGGCGAUUUGGACGUUUUGACAGAGAGGUGGACAUCGGCAUUCCAGACGCUACUGGAAGACUUGAGAUACUUCAGAUUCACACCAAGAACAUGAAGCUUGCUGAUGAUGUUGAUCUGGAGCAGGUGGCGAAUGAAACCCAUGGCCAUGUGGGUGCUGAUCUGGCCGCCCUUUGCUCCGAGGCUGCUCUGCAAGCCAUCCGUAAGAAAAUGGACCUCAUCGAUCUGGAGGAUGAGACCAUCGACGCAGAGGUUAUGAACUCCUUGGCUGUUACAAUGGAUGACUUCAGGUGGGCUCUUAGCCAGAGCAACCCCUCUGCCCUGAGAGAGACCGUAGUGGAGGUGCCCAACAUCACCUGGGAGGAUAUUGGUGGCCUUGACGAUGUCAAGAGAGAGCUGCAGGAGCUGGUGCAGUACCCAGUGGAACAUCCAGACAAAUUCCUUAAGUUUGGCAUGACCCCAUCCAAGGGUGUGCUGUUUUAUGGACCACCAGGUUGUGGUAAAACCCUACUGGCCAAGGCCAUUGCCAAUGAGUGCCAGGCCAACUUCAUCUCAAUCAAGGGCCCAGAACUGCUCACUAUGUGGUUUGGAGAAUCAGAGGCUAAUGUCCGUGAAAUCUUUGAUAAGGCUCGUCAAGCUGCUCCUUGUGUACUCUUCUUUGAUGAAUUGGACUCUAUUGCUAAAGCUCGUGGUGGAAACGUUGGUGAUGGUGGUGGAGCAGCUGACAGAGUCAUUAACCAGAUCCUUACAGAAAUGGAUGGUAUGUCCAGCAAGAAGAACGUCUUCAUCAUUGGGGCCACCAACAGACCAGACAUCAUUGAUCCUGCCAUCCUCAGGCCUGGCCGACUGGACCAGCUUAUCUACAUCCCACUGCCUGAUGAGAAGUCUCGCAUUUCCAUUCUCAAAGCGAAUCUCAGGAAGUCGCCAAUCUCAAAGGACGUGGACGUGGACUUCUUGGCCAAGAUGACCAAUGGCUUUUCAGGUGCUGAUUUGACCGAGAUCUGUCAGAGGGCCUGUAAACUGGCCAUCCGUGAGUCCAUUGAAAAUGAGAUCAGACGGGAACGCGAGAGGCAGACCAACCCUUCUGCAAUGGAAGUGGAGGAGGAUGACCCUGUGCCUGAGAUUAGGAAGGACCAUUUUGAGGAGGCCAUGCGCUUUGCCCGCCGCUCUGUCAGUGAUAACGACAUCCGCAAAUAUGAGAUGUUCGCACAGACCCUGCAGCAAAGCAGAGGCUUUGGCAGUUUCAGAUUCCCAUCCAGUAACCAAGGUGGAAGUGGACCAAGUCAGAGCUCCUCUGGAGGUGGCGGAGGCACAGUCUUCAAUGAGGACAACGAUGAUGAUCUUUAUGGAUAAAUGUGACCACGUGGCUGACCCUCACAGGCCACUCUUCGUACAGGCCUCUGUGUACAAAAGACGAAAAAUAAAAAUUCCAAGUUUUUAGGACUGUGCUUUUUGUUUCUGAUUUUCCGCUUCUCCUUUCAAGUCCACUGCCCUUGUUUUUUAUUCGCCUCGUUCCCCUUCUGUCCACCCCCGUCUGUUAAUAGAGAAAAGCAUGUAGCUGCUUGUGUUUUGCUCUGGUUUGUGAAAGGAUGAUUUCUGAGAACUUUGAUCUUAACAUUCUGUGGGUGGGGGU